AUGUCUGGCAGCAUCGCAUCCAAGAACCUCUACGAGCUCCUGGGCAACGACCCGGAGCUCGAUCCCGAGAGGAAACAGCCUGAGCCGCCUACCAAGGCCAUUGACAAGCCAGCUGCCCGCUCCGGCAAGCGCAAUGCUGGCGCUGAGGCCCCGCUGAAGGACGCUCGCGCCGCCCCCGCUCCCCGCGGUGGCCGCCAGCAGUUCGGCGGCAGUGAAGGAGCUUUCCGCGACCGCAACGCUGGCAGCGCCAACAACCGUGGCAAGCCGACCGAGGACGGCCUCCGCCAGGACCGCACCUCCAACCGCCCGAGAGGCGAGCAGCGUGGUGGCCGCGGUGGCCGCGGCGGUCCCCGCCGUGAUGACCGCCACAGCCGCUCUGGUGUCUCCGAUCACCCCAAGCAGGUCCAGCAGGGCUGGGGCGGCGAGGAUGGCAACAAGGAGCUUGCCGACGAGCAGGCCGGCGAGGCCAUUGCCAAGCAGGAGGAGGAUGCCGCCGUCGGCGAUGCUGCCGAAGGUGACGCCGCCGACGCCGCUGCCGAGGAGGAGAAGGUCAAGAGCUAUGACGACUACCUCGCUGAGAUUAUGGAGAAGAAGGCUGCUCUUGGCGGCAACGUCGACGUCCGCAAGCCCAACGAGGGUGCGGCCAAGAAGUUCCCCGAGGGCAAGCCCAUCGAGCACGUCGAGGAGGAGGUCUUCUUCGUCGGUGAUGGUGGCAAGAAGGGCCGCGAAAGGAGCAAGAAGGAGAAGAACCAGCUCGACCUCGGCGACAUCUACGGCCGUGGUGAGGAGCGCGGCGGUUUCCGUGGCGGCCGUGGCGGCCCCCGUGGCGGUGGCCGUGGCGGUCCCCGUGAGGGUGGCUUCCGUGGUGAGGGCCGUGGCCGUGGUGGCCGCGGUGGCCGCGGUGGUGAGCGUGGUGGUGCCGCCCGUGGCGGUACUCGCGUCAACCUCCAGGACACCAGCGCUUUCCCCAGCUUGGGCGCAUAA